UAUUGUUACACGUAGAUAUACUGUAGCUGGCUGCAAACACCUCCCUAAACAGCCUUCCCUUUUCCUCCUAGUACUACCACCACCACCCCCUCCACUGUAGGUCUGUACCCAGGCUAAGAUGCGUCCGUUGCGGGUCUACCUGCUGGCCCUCCUCCUGUUGACAGGAAUCUGGCUGUCUGGUGCCAGUGUAUCCGACAGCUUUAAAGACUGCAGCCAGUUUCUCUACAUGAGGGCAGCACCGACGGGCAUCGACGGGACCAGGGGCAGCCUCAAGAGGAUCUGCCAGCGCUACGGGGACAAGGCGCGCUACGCCACCCUGUAUGACGGCAGCCGUCGCCUGCCCCUCUACUCGGCCUACACCUUUAAGAAGAACAACGGGAAGAAGAGGAUGGACACGCCCUGGAUGUACGAGCCACAGCUGGCGUCUGGGAACGAGGGUGGGAACAUGAAGGUGCUGCCCCCUAGUGACGACCCAGAGCCUCUGAUCCAGGAGAGCCAGGCGGUGCUGGAGGACUACUCAGACGCCGUGGAGUACUCCCGAGGCCUGCUCAACCCAGACCAGCACCAGGCUGACCCAGACGAUAAGGCCUCCACCUAUACCCUGACCAACGUGGUACCCCAGAUCACAGACUUCCUGGAAGAGACCUGGAGCUCCUACUUGGAUACCGUGCGCCACCGCCUCAAUAACUUCUGCAGCAGAAAGCAGUCCUACGUGGUAACCGGGGUGACAGUCUCCAGGGCGACCAUACGUCGGGGGAACGAGGACCGCCUGGGGAUCCCAAAACACCUGUGGUUGGCUUACUGUUGCCCAUGGUUCGACCGUAACUCUCCCUACGAGGUGCGUUUCAUGUUCCCCAGCUAUGGUGCCUAUGCACUGAAUGAACAGGAGGGCCAUGGGGUCAUGGAGGUGCCUUUAAAGACACUGGAGAGCUUUCUGAAGAAACAAACCGACAUGGAUAGUAAUCUGGCUAUCUUCUACAAGGACUGUGUGUCAGAGAACACCUUUAAAAAGAAGAGAAAGAGAUAGGCGUGUGUGUGUGUGUGUGUGUGUGUGUGUGUGUGUUUUUGUUUAUUUAUGUAAUGGGGGUGUAAAUUGACCAAUUGAACAAUGUUUUA